AUAAGGGUGAAGAAGGGAAGAGAAGAAUAUUAAUGGACUUUAUUAUACAGGUACUUUUUGAUAGUAACCUAACUCUCCCACUCUCCUUUUCUCAAGAGGUGUGACCAGACCCCACCCUAGAGAAAGGAAAAGAUUGAACACUAACAUCAAACGACCAAAAGACCAUGGUAAUGGUAAACUCUCUAAAUUAUUGGGGAAGAUAAAAGAAUGAGAAAGAAAGCUACCCCUUCUUUCGCUACUACUACCCCAAACAAAACCGUCCCAUUACAAAUUGUGGGAUGAGAAGAAUGGCAACAGCGAGACAAGUGAGGCAAUUGACCCAUCAAACAAACAUAACCCAAACUCAUGUAGAGUGUGAGCACUGCCACUGUGUAUAUAGUAUGUGAACUCCUCCCAACAGACAGACACACCACUCAAUUAUUUCUGUCCAUUUCUUCUUCCCAUAUUGUUCUCGUGUGUUGUGUGUCAGUGUUUUUGCGUGUGUGAGUAAGAGAGAGAGAGAGAGAGAGAGAGUGUGUCUUGGGCGGUUUAACACUUCCAACUCCAAGAUGCCACGCCCAGGGCCAAGGCCUUACGAGUGUGUGAAGAGAGCUUGGCACAGCGAGCGUCACCAACCUGUGAGAGGUUCCAUCAUUCAACGAAUUUUCAGGCUCGUCAAUGACACUCAUAGUCCGGCAACUAAGAAGAACAAGGAAUGGCAAGAGAAGCUUCCCGUUGUUGUUCUCAGGGCCGAAGAAAUCAUGUACUCCAAGGCAAAUUCCGAGGCAGAGUACUUGAAUCCUGAUACACUCUGGGACCGCCUCAAUGAUGCCGUUAAUACAAUCAUUCGGAGAGACGAGACAACCGAGACAGGAGUCCUCUUGCCCCCAUGUGUUGAAGCUGCACUUAACUUGGGCUGCAAACCUCUGAGAACUUCCAGAAGUGAUCGGCACACUAACCCCAGGACUUACCUUGCCCCUAGAACCCAACAAUCUCCUUCUGUGCCUCCUAAACCUGUUGGUGGGAGUUCUUUAAACUAUGCCAAAGUCACAACUUCUGCUGUUUCACAAAUACAUGUAUCGGAUGCUAACCAGCAUAUGCACCAUAAUAGCAAGCUGAUGGGUUCCUCUAACUACCCCUUUUCCGAAAGUUUUCCUUCUGGUCAUCACCAGCCUUUGAAAAUGGAAGCUAGACCCUCAUUGAACAUGGGUACAGUUUACCCCUUGUACUACGGUAAUGAAACCAGAGAACCUCGACCAAGGACCACUGCACUAGAUAACACGUGUUCUGAUACAAUCUUUGUUGGCAGACCAGUCAUUCCAGUCCCAGAGCCAUCUGGAACUGGUCUAUUGGAAAAUUUCUCCUGUGGUAGAUUCCAUCAUGUUGCAAACAGAAUUGCCAAAGAAGCUGCCAUGAGCACUCAGGAAGAGUCACCAGAUGGGGAAUGUGAUUUAAUUUUGAGGUUGGGCCAAUGUUUGCAUCCGUGUUCCAGCAGUAAAAGUGGUUCAGCAUAUGAAAUUGAUGAUUUUGGUUUAAGGGUCUCUCAGGAGGGCAGCAAGUCUAGUCAUCUUUCUUUGCAGAAAAAUAAAGGGUUCUGUUUUUACCCCAGGGAGACAGGUUAUGGUACCAUUGACACCGCUUCUAUUAAAUGUAAUGUAGAGGGUGAAGAUCAGAACUUGGAGGCAUCACUUCGGAGGAAGCGCAAAGCACCUUUAGGUAGCCACAAGGAGGAUGGGCAAUUUUGCCGGCAUCUAGGGGUCCCAUCCAAUCGUUUUACUGGUAGGCCAGAGGGUGGUAACAGGGCAUUUGGUAUUGUCAACAUCAUGCAGCAUGAGUGUAUGAAUUGUUGUGCGAACUGGUAUUACCUGUUCUGGCGCUGGCAUUGAUUGCUAUAUGCUGCUUAAUGAGCUUGUCAUCAUUAGUCACCCUCAAAACCGAGCAUAUACGACAAUUUACAUCAACCAAAGUAAUAUCGAUGGAUCUUG